UUUUUUAUUGUAAUCUGUGGAGUGGAAACAGGAAUUUCAUUUUAGAAUUUCGUUUUGUGACGUGCUAGUGAAUCAUUUUUGAAAAGAACUAAGUUAAUUUAAACUUAUCUUUAAUUUGACUUCUCUCUACCAACCAAUUCCUAAAAUCACCAUGUCAUCCCGCAAGACAGCUGGUCGCCGCGGCACCAACAAGAAGCGCGCUCAGCGUGCCACUUCCAAUGUGUUUGCUAUGUUUGAUCAGGCACAGAUUGCUGAGUUCAAAGAGGCAUUUAAUAUGAUUGACCAAAACCGAGACGGUUUUGUGGAUAAGGAGGACCUUCAUGACAUGCUUGCAUCUCUUGGUAAGAAUCCAACUGAAGAUUAUUUAGAAGGCAUGAUGAAUGAAGCUCCAGGGCCAAUUAACUUUACUAUGUUUUUGACUUUAUUUGGCGAAAGACUCCAAGGCACAGAUCCUGAAGAUGUCAUAAAGAAUGCUUUUGGAUGUUUUGAUGAAGAGAAUAUGGGUUUAAUUGCUGAGGAACGCCUUCGUGAACUUCUUACAACUAUGGGGGACCGCUUCACUGAUGAUGAUGUUGAUGAAAUGCUACGCGAGGCACCCAUUCGUGAGGGUUUAUUUGACUAUGUGGAGUUUACUCGCAUCCUGAAACACGGUGCUAAGGAUAAGGAUGAGCAGUAAGUCCUAGAAUGGCAUCCAAUAUCUAACAGAUUACACUGAUAUUGUAUUUGUACUUACUGCUUUACAAAGAGAGUGAUAAAAACAACAGCCCUUUAAUUGUGUAAUUCCAUUUUAUCUUUUAAGAUAUCCUUCAGUUAGUAUUGGAAAGAUGAGUUUAAUCACACACACUUCAAUUAAGUUUGAAGUUUGUGCAUAUUUUUCAACUUAAGUUAAUAAAAACUUAGAUUUUACAAGCUUUAAUUGAGCUUGAAAUUGUAGUAUCUUUUUAAAUGACAAAUUCAGAAUAACAUUUUUUCAAAGAUAAUACAUAUGUGUGUAAUCUGCUCAGAACAAAAAAAAACAGUAUGAAUAAGAUAUAUAUUUGCCAAACAUAAUUAUAUUAUUAAAAUAUUAUAUAAGGAAACAAGUUUUCACAUUAUUUUUAAGUUCAUUUUAUAUGGAUUUCAUUAUAUUCUCAGAUCAUUAGGGGUGCUUAUUUUAAGAACAUAGAUAAUAAACUUGCAUUUCAAUAAUAUCAUGCAUUUUGGAAGAAAAAAUACAAUUCCUCUUUAGGUUUAGAUAGAAAUUUCUUGAAGUUUGUCUUUAGUCAAGAAGUUUUUAAUAAUUGGUAAAGUAUUAUUCAUCAUUCCUGAAAUUUGUUGAUUGUUUUGAUCAAAUAAAAGAUUAAUGAAAUAUUAUGUUUGAAGACCACAUAAUUAUGUGUAUUGCAUUAUGAAAUUCUGCCAUAAUCAUUUAUUUUCAGUAAAAUAUAAUACUUUGUUUAAUUCAUAUGAUAUAUUAAUUGAUUAAAUUAUAUUCAUGUUUUACUGAAACUUAAUGAACAAUUUGUAUAACAUGUAUUGAGUUCUUGUUGUGUCUAGACUGUCUGUAUCGAAUAGUCAUGUAAUUAUAAUAAUAUAUAUAUUUAUUACAGAUACAUGUUUUAUUAUCUAUUUCUUAACAACCCCACCAUUGUUUUUAUUUAAAUAUUGUUUUUCUUAAAAUUUUGGCCAUGUGACAGUUGUAACAAUAAAAUUGAUGAAUAUUCUUGCAUAAAAGUAAACAAUUAUUAUACUUCGCCGUCCCUGGAGAAUAAAAUAAAAAGUUUUAGUUUUAAAUCAUUUUCGUAAUCUGUGGGUAUGAUACAUCCACAGUGGCGGAUUUGCAACUCGGCCCCUAGGCCCCAAGCCAUCAGCCGCACAGUGGGUCGGAAGAGUAAUAUGAGGGACAUAGUUUUUUUGACAAAUCGUAUUUUUUUGGAUGCCGAUCGAUGGUCCUUCGGACACUCGUAAAGACAUGUUAAAUAACAUUUUUCAUUAAACCUAAAAGUUUGGCUAUAAAAAAUAAUUUGUGUUUUUUUUGUAUGAAACAAGACCUAAAGUACUAAAUAUCUCCCAGGAACUGCUUGACCCUGCCUUAUAAUGACUUAAGUUGGCAUAAGUGCAUUGUGUACUAACAUCCUAAUCUAUUUUUAGCUGCUCCAAACAGCAAUUUUGCCUGUUAAACAGUUCAGAAAAAAAAUGUUGACUAAUCCUAAUGGGAUUAUAAUUACAAUUCUAAGAAAAAGCGUCGAUUAGGGUACUAGGAACUAAUUACGUAGUUGGUCUACAUUGUUCUGUACUAUCAGAAUCUUUUAAAACCUUUUUUUGUUAUCAUCAGAUGACUUUAAAGUAAUAAUGAUGUCAGGUCAUUAGGAUAUUAAUUAUGCGGAUAAAGAGAUAAUGGUUUGGGGUUUUACGUGCCCCCUUUAAAAAAAGCAUUGAUUAGGGUACCAGGAACUAAUUACGUAGUUAGUUUACAUUGUUCUGUAUUAACAGAAUCUUUUAAAACACUUUUUUACUUAGAACCGGACUUUAAAAUAAAAAUGAUGUCAGGUAACUAGGGUAUUAUGCGAAUAACAGAGAUGAUUUGGGGUAAGAAAACAGAGAAUAGUGGUUCCAUAAAAUAUUGAUAUAAUUUCUACAAAAUAACACACAUUUAUAAAUAUUUGUUUAAUAGUUAUUAAAAUAUAAGUAAAUGAAAAAAUGUUUAAAUACUUAGGUAGGUACAAUGCUAGCUUAAAAUAUAAAAAAGAACAUAUCUAAAAUUAUAACAAAAACAAAUAUUAAACAAUAUGUACAAAAAAUACAAAGCUUAAAUUCUUACAGCACCAAUGAUAAUAUUAAAGCUUAAAAGAAGAUUGUUCGAUAUAAUGUUUGUUAUACUUAAAUAAUACAUAAUAAAUAAACACAUUUUACGUUUUUUUUAUGAAGAAAGACAAAAACAAGAGAAGUAAAAUAUUCAAAAAGUCAUUACAUACAAAACAACAUCAAAUGAAACUACCUAACUUAUUCACUAUCACUUAAGUUAUCCUGUGAGCAGUGGCGGCGCUAGGCGUCGGCGCGAGGGGGCUCUCGCAAAAAAAUUUUACAAGUUACCUAUUUAUUUUCGUUUCUCCUGGUCUGGCUUAGGUAGCCGACCCCGAACAAUUCGGGGAAAAAGCUAAGCAGAUGAUAAUGACUUUUAUUAAUUUCGAACACGUGCGUAAUGGAAGCGAGUAGUACUUUACGGGUAUUCAGAAUCGUCUGUCUGGCAACACUAUGAAUCAACAAUAAAACUCGUUUACUCAUACAUUAUUUUAUAAUUUGGCUCACUUAAUUUAACGGUUUAUUACUGCGAAGUAAGAUAGGCCUCGCGAACUUGAUGUCGCUGACAUCCACAUGUGAUCUAGCGCCGCCACUGCCUGUGAGUGUUUGUCAAUAAAUCCCAUUUGAUUUGGUUCGGUAGGGAGAAGCAUCAGAAGUUCAAUGGUUUGAGAAGAAAGAGGCAUCCUAGUCUGUUUUGCCAUUCUUGGCCUUAUAGUUGUUAGCACUGGAUCUGAGGACAAAAGAAGAUUGUGCAAAAUAUCUUCAUUUGUUGCUAAACGGCUUAUUUUUCGAGAAUGGUCCCUUCUGAAAUAAUCUUUAUUACGAGCUUCUGAUGCUUCUUCCGAGAGUUUACUAAUAGGAGUCAUACCAAAAUGGUAGCGAUAUGCUACCAUGCAUUAACAAUUUAUAAACACUUGAUGGCAUAUAAUACCAUGGAUACAAUUGUACAUAAAAAUUGUCUGUUUUGCGACAAAAUAAAGAAAAGUUUGCAAUAUUUAUACAUUCUCCAGACGCAAUCGCUUGAAGAACUACGUGAAACCUUUCUAUUAAGUCUUUAUCCAGGCAUGUUAUGCGUGCUGAAGUAUCUGCAUUAGAAAAAAAUCUUCUAGCAGUGUUUCCGUCAUUUGUGGUACCUGCUCCUUGCUGAACAACAUGAAUCAGAAGGCCACAUUCACUUUUAAAAUCUUCUUGAAUUUGUUUUUUCUUUUCAUUUAAUUUUUGCUUGUCUUCACCUCUGCAGCUCCAUUUUUGAUCUCCAUGCGGUAUGCUGUAAGAAAUAAGAAAAAAUAUAUAAAUAUUGAGCGGAAUGCCAAAUAAAUUUACCGCAAGGUUAUUUAAGAUAAGUCGGCAAAAUGUGUGACAAAAACUACAGUAAUAAAAGAAAUAAAAAAAACAUUGCAUAAAAAAUAUACUACUUACCAAUAUGAAGUAAGCAUUCCAUGCAUCUGAUCCAAGCAUGUAAAGAUGACAGCCCAUAUUGGUACAUAUUCGUGUUUUUUGGUCUUCGUUCCACAGAAUCCAAGUCGUUCAUGUCUGAUGGUUUUGCCUUACAAUUAACACAAGCUGAUGUUGAUGUCUCAGACAAGUAGGAAGUAAUCUUGCCGUCGAUCAUGGUCAUUAACAACUGAUGUUCUACAUUAACUUUCUUGACACUUGUAAGCUGAAGGGCAUCUAUCUCAUCAUCUAUUGAUUUUUUUUUUACACUUUCGACGGAUAACUGAUUUUCUUUCAUAAAUUUAAACAUAAUUGGUCGACCAUAAAACGUUGAUGAGGGUCUAUCGUUUUCCCAUACUGCAACACCAUCACGCAAUAGCCUAAUAGGUACUAAACUGGCCAUAAAAACACUUGAAUCGUCAUCAUUAUUAUCAGUAUUUUUCUGUUUAUAGUUACUCUGGCCUGCAGCUCCAUCAAAAACCCACUUGCUAUUUUUUAUACAGAAGUAUUAAUUUCAACAGCUUGUAAAAGUCUGAUCGUGGUUAGGUUUAGUAAGGCUUGCAACUUGAUAGAAGCCCCCUCAUCGGUUAAAAUUGUCUUCUUUUGCUGGGUAACGUUCUAAUUUAGCUAGUUUUAUUUUGUGAUAUGAUGGGUACAAUUCCGUUCCUUAAUCACUGGCAGAUUCUCUCAAGCUUAUAUAUUGCCACUUUGAUAAUUUAAGUUAAACUAGUAUAGCCAGUGCUUGCAUGGGAGAAUAUGUUGUAUUUUUACUAGUCUUGCUAUCUAAACAGCUCCUCAAUUUUGCAAUGCUUGAUGAUACUUGGUAGCGGGUCAGAUGGUUAUUAAGGACCUUUUCUAGAACUUUACAUAAAACUGAGGUGACUGCAAUAGCAGACAGACCCGCUCCAACCGGCAACUACCGGCCAAUAGGCCGGUAGUUUGCCGGGUCUGAGCGAUCCCCUUUUUUGGGCACCGGUUGCAUGUUAGAAUCUCUCCAAGUCUCCGGCACACGCCCCAAAGAAUACGGGCAUUGGUACAAGCGCGUGAGCACGGGAGACAACUCCGCUGCACAUUUUUUCAGUACUACUGCUGGGAUGCCAUCAGGUCCACCGCUUUUCGGACGUCGAGUGAUUGCAAUUCGGCACGAAUCUCACGCUGCCUGAUUUUAAUAUCAGGCAUCGUUGUGCCACAGUGAGGUAAUGAUGGUGGCAGUGCAUUGCAAUCACUGAUUCGGGAGUUAGCCGCAAAGAGUUUUGCCAGUAAGUCGGCUUUCUCCUGCGGCUUAUGAGCUAGUGUUCCGUCUGGGCAUCUCAGAGGUGGCAGCGAGGGCUGGCAGAAGUUCUUUUGCACGGCUUUGGCCAAACGCCAAUAGCUACGGGAGCCCGUAGGAUGCGUUAUGAGUUCGUGAUCAACGCGUGCAACGCGCUGCGUUCUAAUGUUAGCCUUCUUACAGGCCUUGGAAGCAAUAUUGUAGGCUGCUUUCAGUGAAUCGACCCCGGGAUCGUUAAGAGUGAGGCCUCUGAUCCAAGCACGAUAUGCUGCCUGCUUACGCGAAGCAGCUUCAGCACAGUCGUGAUUGAACCAGAGGUUACGUGUGCCCUUACUGAUGAGAUUGGAAUGUGGAAUAUAGUACUCCACACCCAUUACAAUCUCCUCAGUAAUAGCAACGGCGCUGGCUGAUAGGUCCUUGUCACUGAAGCAGCGCUGCUUCAAAGGGACGAACGCAAAGUAGUUACGCAUACCGUCCCAAUCUGCUGAGCCAUAUUGCCAGAUCCGGCAUUUUACCACUGUUGGACGAGGAGGCUUGGCCUGUGGCGCUUUGGCAGAUAUCAGGCAGUGGUCCGAAGAGCCUAGGGGGGCUCCUACCACAACCCGAUAGCACUGUGGAUGUGUCCGUGAUGCUAGCGUACCCACGAUCAAUAUACGGUUUUUCGUUAUGCCAUUAAAUACUGCGUAAAUAGUGCCAAAUUAGUGUUAAAAUAAAAAAAAUAGUGCCUCUUUAAUUUAAGAAAUACAGACCAUUUUUACUGUGUACGCUACCAUGACGGCAAGCUAGCGUACCCAUGGCCGACCCCAAGAACGGCAUAUAUUUAAGCAACGAAAUUGACACACAAAAAUAGUUCGCAAAUAGUGCCCUGGCUUUACAAAAUUUCAUAAUCAAUACUCUUAAAGGACCAAAGAUAUUGAACUAAACAUUCUUAGCUGGCGUCAACCUUACGUAUCCAUAAUAGUUCUCAUAGAAAAUGAACUUUUCUCGUUUACAAUUCUAUAUGUAUAAAUAGUGUGUCAAAUAGUGCCUCUAACAGUAUAAGUAUUUCAUGUUAAUUCGCAGUAAAACAAUAUAAAAAAGCAAUUAAAUUAUUUUUAUAUAUGAAGUACAGUCAUGUACAGAAGUGUUAAUAUUUUCGUAGUAUAGUAGGUACUUAGUAGGUAGGUUGAAAUUCUUAUAUGAAUUUAUGAUUGGUGAAUUCGAAUUGAAAUAAAAUAUCUUUUUAUAAAAAGUACCUAUUUAUUUUAGUAAAAAUACAUAUAUAGAUAAUCUCUUAGUGCAUUAUUGGACAUUGAUAACGAGAAAAGUUCAUUUUCUAUAAGAACUAUUAAGGGUACGCCAGGUUGGCGCCAGCUAAGAAUGUUUAGUUCAAUAUCUUUGGUCCUUUAAGAGUAUUGAUUAUGAAAUUUUGUAAAGCCAGGGCACUAUUUGCGAACUAUUUUUGUGUGUCAAUUUCGUUGCUUAAAUAUAUGCCGUUCUUGGGGUCGGCCAUGGGUACGCUAGCUUGACGUCAUGGUAGCGUACACAGUAAAAAUGGUCUUUAUUUCUUAAAUUAAAGAGGCACUAUUUUUUUUAUUUUUACACUAAUUUGGCACUAUUUACGCAGUAUUUAAUGGCAUAACGAAAAACCGUAUAUUGAUCGUGGGUACGCUAGCAUCACGGACACCUGUGGAUGGGUCGUGAGCAGAAGGUCCAGUAAUGAAGGCGCUUGACUUGAAAUAUCUGGAAUCCUGGUGGGCUGAUCGACCAGUUGCUUCAUGUCAUGCGUGAGAGCGAAUGCGUGAGCAGAGAUCCCUGCAUGGUCAGUUUUCGAGGAACUUAACCACAAAUUGUGGUGAGCAUUAAAGUCCCCCAAAAACACCAAUUCUGCAUUGGGAAAUUGCUCAUGCGCGUCAUCUGCCGCCAGACUAAGAUGUUCGAAAAGUCGAGUUGUCUCAACAUCGGCAGUAUGGUAUCUGUAGAGGCACACGUAGACUCUGGCCUGGGAACCAAAGUCGACGUGUACCCCCAACAUGGAGAAGGAGGGAUCUUCCAAGCAGCGGAGACGGCGACAACAAACAUCCGCCCGAACAUACAGGCAGUGAAGGACUCUUCAAGCACGUAGCCGGGAUAAUUAAGGUAGCCUGUGUCAGUAGGCGGAAGUAUUUGUAUCUCCGUCAGGAACAACAAUGCUGGCCGUGCUGUCUCAAGAUGGUGGUGGACAGCGUUGAGGUUAGAGUGGAGUCCGCGUAUGUUGCAGAACUCGACCUCAAACAGCGUUGAAGGCGUGGGGGUGUGCAUCGCUGUACGUCCAAACUUUGUUAUUGAGGCUGCCAUGGUGGAAGUGAAAAAAAGAGACGCGAAAACGAGCGGACGCUGCCGCGAAGAGUCCGGGCAAAUAAUGGAGGUUUGUUUUCCCGAUUGACUGCCUGCAGAGGAGAUGCGCCGACCUGCCUACGGAAGGGCCCCCGCGGUUUAGGUAUCAUUGAAGUCUUAAAUUUUAAGACAAAACAGUUGAUGAUUUAUACAGAGUAGGGACAAUAAAAGAGCAUUUUCUUAAUUUUAGAGAUGUGCUCGACGUUAAGCUGUCUUUAAGAGAAAUUAAUGCAUAAGAUUCAAAAUUUUGGGGCCAAAGCUUUAUAAAAUGUCAUGGAAACAAAAAUGGUUCACUAAAUUAUGUAAAUUUAAGAGACCUAAAGUAUUGUCAGAAGCGGUGUGGGCCACCGCCCCACGGCCUCGGGGUGCAAAAGGCCUCCUCGCGACUCACAGCCGAAAAAAAAAUGGAAAUUUUUGUUUCUUAGCUUCUCGCUUUUCUGCUGAUAAAGCAUUGUGAUUCAUUUCAUAAAUACCUAAGUAACAAUGAGUAAGUAUCGGUUUUUAUAAUUAUGAAGAUCCUAACCUUAAUUAGUGUUUAGAAGCGUUGCUAUAAAUACUUUUACUACGUUAAUAAUGAGGUCACACCUUAACGACGUUUUACGUCAAUCUGGUUAAAAAUGAAACAAACAUGUAGGUAAUUGACAGCUUUUAAUAGCAGGUAUAUCAUCGAUAAACUAUAAUUAAUUGCUUAUGUUAAUAAUAGUAAGUAGGUAGGUACCUUCAUAUUAUACACAACCGACGACAAAAUUUUUGGUGAACAAAAAAGAUUCAGGUAAAUAUCUACAUUUUCAAUGUGUUAUCCAUGAAAAUAAUAAAAGUAAUAGUCAAAGACAGAUUGAAAUAUAUAUAAAAUGACUUUAAUGCAGGGAUGGGCAAACUUACCUUCUCGUGUCAAUAUUUACGAUCACAAUGUAUGGCGGGCUAGGUUUUUACUCAUGUUAUACGACUUGCCGAUUUACACCCCCUUGGUAUGUAGGUAUAAAUUAAAUAAAAAUAUAACUCGGUAACGAAUGCCCCUCACCCUGCGGCUCAGCAGCAGUAACAAGGUAGCAGGUACGGCAGCAUGGUAUUUUUGGUGAGAACCUUUAAUUUUUGUUUGAUGAUCGCGGACCGGAUUUCAGCCAUUCAAGGGCCGAAGAUGGCCCACGGGCCGUAGUUUGCCAAUCCCUGGUUUACUGUCUUUGUUAAUAACUGAAUACCUAAAUAUUUUCAACACACACCAAAGAAUGGUAUUAUAUAACAUUGUCACCAUACCGCGAGGGGAUGUAAAAUAUUAUAAUAACGGUCUGAUUUCGUCAUCGAAAGAAGGGGAUUUUUUUAUCAUCAAUUAUGGUACAGCUUAAUAUCGUUGUGGUACAGCUUCAGUUCUUUUUUUUGAGUAACAUUAUUUUAGUUCCGUUGAGCAAAGUUUAUGGAAAUAUCAAUGAAGAUAAAGAUAUAGAGCAUUCUCAUGUAUUGUUUCUUUUGUGUACUGUGUGGUGUGCUGUACAACAAUAAAGAGUAUUGUAUUAUUAUUUUAAAGUUUUAGGUAAAGGCGAUUGCUCAAAUUGGCCCAAAUGCACAAAAAAUAUUGACAUACACGGUAAUUCUUGGCGUAAUUUAUAAUUUAAUUUACAGUCAUUAGAUUUCAACGGACACCUUCGUAUAAUAUAUUUACUUUAAAAAGGACUUUUAAUUUUACCGGUUUGGAAAACAUACGAAUCAUUUUUAAUGGCUGUGGGUGUAGUAACGUUCAGCCAAAGACUGAUCGAAGUUGUUUAUAUAACAUAAAAACAAAUCUAUUUUGUAAAGAUCGAUAAAAUAAAUCAUUUAUUUUAUUACACUGUGGUAUUAAUAUACACAACUAUAUUAUCAUUUUCACUAGAUGCAAAUGUGCUCCGACAAUUAUUAUAGAUGGUAGGCGACAUCAUAAAGUCUAUUGCCAUACAUUUUUCGCCAAACACCUUCAUAAACACAUUAUAAUCUGUAUAUAUGUUAGACUUUAAGGUAUCUAUCUAUGGGCCUACUUUCCCUGACUAUAAAUUAAUAAAUAAAUAAAAUUAUAAGGUGUGAUACACUAAAAAUCUAAAAUAUGGUAAACUUAAAAACAUAACAAAAAUAAUGAAGCUACUGAAUAUAUGGCUAUAGAACCUAAAUAAAUCUCUUAGCUUUCUUUGAUUAACGAGAGUUUAAAAAUUCUCUCUAAUCUGUGGCUCAUUCACAAUCACCACACAGUUUCUGUCACAGAGUACCUUAUUAUAACCGGAAAUGACACCUGAUUUUAAAAGUUACUCUUAUGCAUUAACUUUAAAACAGGUAACUAUCUGUUAAUCUACAUGCUCUAUAUACCUGAAUCUAAUCCAUAAUUUCGGUACUUGGCUUGAUUUCGCUAGUUUACUAUAUAACUUAUUUGUUUUUUAUUAUUUUAAUAUGUUCAGUGUAUAUGGUUUAUAGAAGUUCUCAGGGGUGUCCGUCAAUAAUAUUCGUUUCUACAGUAAUUUAUAUAUAAUUGCGGAUCUAGGAAACAAUUUUUCAUGAUUAUUGGUCUUUAGGCCAAACAUGUAUGGAAGCUGAGCAAUCUCCUUUGAAAGAUAAGCUUUUUAAAUUUGGUUUAUAACUACUUACUACGAAACUAUCCACUUGUUGUAAGUAUCUCAUAGUUAUCGUUGUUUACUUGUCCUUGUCACAUAUACCUAAAGAAAAACAUCCGUACACUGAACCAUUUUGAUCAAUACACAAAACUGGGACAGCUGAUAUUAUAUCACGUCAUAUCAUAUCUGAGAAGAAAUCCUAGCUCAGGCGACUACGAGUAAAUGCUAUAAGAGGUCCUACGAAUUUUCUGCGUUGCGCACCCACUCAAGAUCUCGACCUUAACCUCUUCCUCAGUUCUGUUAUUACUCAAACUCAGACUUUAACAAGCACAUAUGGAUGACAGAAGAUCUGAUAACUUGAUUGAUAUACAAUGGUUUGGUAUAAAACAAUUAAGAUCAAUGUGGAGCUGACUGGUUAUACCCCUAAUUAAGUACUGCUAAAUAUUAACAAAAUUUGUUGCAAACAUAAUCAGCGAAGUAUACAACAUACUCAAAGAAUAACUACUAGAGUUAGUGUGUCACUGAACGUAAUCAGGUAAAUGAGUAACCGAUGUUAUUGCCAAGUGUCCUUUAUGAAAGCGGCUCCCCUCUCGGCCACCAUCAUGAUGGCGCCCUGUGGGUUGCCGGUCGGCUGUGUGGGCAUCGCCGAAGCGUCGAUCACUCGCAAACCUGAUACAUUUAAUAAAAAUAUUACUGCGAGCAAUUUAGCAAAAGUCAGCGCGUUCGGCUGAAUCGUGGAAGUAAAACAACUUUCGCAGUGC